AUGGAUUUAAAAUCUCCUGUCGAAAAUAAAAAAAUAAUGAUGAAACCCAAAAAUAAUCUUCGCAUUUCGCUGCUAACAUGUAUAUUAUUGAUAAUAGUUUACAUCAUUUCAUUGACAUCCGCGGAACAAAACGACUGUUCGAAAUUAUCUAACAGUGGAGUAAAUGGUAGCAAUGGGUAUGGGUAUAAUGGUGGAUAUGGUACCAAUGGGUAUAGUUCUGGAGGAAAUGGUUACGGAGGAAAUGGUUACGGACAAAAUGGUUACGGAGGCGCUGGUAUCAUAAACAAUGGUAUCAAUACCGCAAAUGGUUACGGAGGAAAUGGUUACGGUGGCGGUAAUGGAAGUGGUUACGGCGGCGCUGGUAUAAUCAACGGGAACGGAGGAAAUGGUUACGGUGGCGGUGAUGGUGAAAAUGGUGUUGGUUACGGCGGCGCUGGUAUAAUUAACGGGAACGGUGGUUUCGGUGGCCAAUGCACACAAUGUCUAAGCACAUUAAGUUCUUUAACCGUAAACUCUGUUCAAAACGACACACGAUCACCACUAACCUGUCAACACUACUCCAGAUUAGUCACACAAAUAUCACAAGGGGAAGCAUCGUCAAACAGUAAAUUCACUGGUGACCAACGCGGAUUAAAAUUCACUGCGAACUCUAAUUACACUUUUCUCAAUGGCGAAAUUCAAAAUUUUUGCUCGUCAUCGAAUCCUUGUGAUAGUUCGACUUCGGUUAAAGGUUAUAAACAAAUAUUGAAAGACUGUGCAACGGAAUUGAGUUCUAAUAGUUAUGAUGGUAUUUUAGCGAAGCAGUAUUUUCUUAAUUAUUACUUCGCGUCACCUGACUAUACGAGUUUGUGUACGCCAGGUUCAAAGGGAGGAUCCGCAUGGAAACAAAUUGGCGUCCUAGAAUUCGACUACAUCACCAAAAACUUUUCGAAAAAUGAUUCCACAAUAUACAUCAAAUUUCCAUUACAACCACAAAUACAUUACUCGUUCUCCAAUAGCCGUGACGACAACACAGAAAAAGUUCCGGCAUCGAUCCUGUGCAACGACGACUACAAAAAAGUCUCCAAUAUAUAUAUUGACUAUGUGGCCGCGAAUUCUGUCGACUCAAAAUUCGCGUCUUUGAUUUCGGUGGUAGAUGAAUUGAAGAGUAAUUUGUCUGCGAAUAGUUGUUCGGGUGUUGAUGUCGCUAGUUCUUCAAAAGAGAAUGAUACCUUGACGAGUGAUGGAAGUAGUAGUGGUGGUGGAAUGCAUGUUGUAGGAAUUGUUGGUAGUGUUGUGUUGGGGAUUUUAACAAUGUUUAUUUUGCCGUUCUUUUAG